AUGCGGCUUUGUAGAGGCCUGAGGACGAUGGAUCAUUGUCCUUCGAGUGGAUUGUUGCCGCUGCUGCUGCUGCUGCUGCUUGCGACGUGUGAUGAGACAGCGCCUGAUGCCAUUGGCCCGCUGCCGCCCAUGCCGCAGAGCCUUCAGGCUCCCCGCGACCUUUCCGAGGUCGCCCUCGACAUCAGGGGUGACCUGGACACGCUCAUGAAGGACAUCGGGAGGCUGCUGUACUUCCUCCCUGGUGUAAGUGGCCAGAUGGAUACACAUCAGAAGGCACUUGAUGUCCCGCAUUUGAUGUGUGUGUGACAGGAGCUGGAGCGUCGCAUUCGCUCCUUCACCGAUGAGGAGUACGACAUCUAUCACACGCGGCUCGAUGAGAUGGUACUCAAGGCAGCUAUAUGGAUGCCCUUUUCUGCGCGUCAACCAAUUCUCAUCUUCGUGUAUGUCGUGUGCGUUGUGGGAUGUUUGCAGAACAGCACGCCGGGCUUUUUUGAGGCCCUCGCUGCUUCAUCGCAGCUGGAGGACAGCCGCAGCCGCAGCCGCAGUCGGAGCCAGAUGCCGCCCCCACUCCCACACAGUCACCUGAGGCGCCCCCCACACACACAGACCCGCAGCCCGUCAGCCCUUUCUUUGGCUGGCAACGUGUCCUACUACUACUACCCGCCCCAGCCCCACCGCCAGGCCUCAGAUAUCGCUGCCUUCAUUUUAUAUUCGAUGGGCUGAUGACAACCACCCUUCAACCGCACUCACUGCCUUGUCUGUCCCGCGGCGUGCAUAUCUAUCGAAGGUGAGCUGUCAAACAGACUUACUUAUCAACUCCCGUGUACGUACGUGUCUCGGGUCUGCACUCGUUCAAGAUUGGAUUGGCUGCUGCGAAUGCAUUGGUCGCAUUCAUUAACAUUCCCGGCGGCGCUGCAGGUACGGACGGACGUAAGUGAGACAGACACGAAAGAAAGAAGAGGCUCAUGAAGAUUCGUUUCCUGUGUUCUCUGUUUGUCUGCGCAUAUUUUGGCCGCUCCGGCGGCCACCGAGAGAGAGAUCUACCGAGUGCCCAGCUCACCCCCCCACCAGCACCCUACUUGCACCCGUCCCCACUGCUCCCCUUCGAGCCCGACAUGGCCGUGCUGGUGAUGGGCCCGGCGCCUCACACCCCCGAGGCCGCCCGGCUGGGCUUCAUGGAGGGGUGGAUUUGGAACGGGGUGCGGGGGGAGUACGAGCGGUGGGAGGACGACCGCCGGGAGCGUGUGUGGGAGGUCAGGAGUGAGAGCCAGGACCUCACCAUGGUCAGGAAGAAGCAGUGGCGGGACGAGCUCGAGGGGUGGAUGGCACUUCUCCCCCGCUGCUGCCGAUAGAUAGCCACGGCGCCUAGGAGCCAGCCAGCCAGCCAGCCAGCCUGUGUGCGUGCAUGUAGGUGAGCAGCACACACACAGAUGGGAUGGCAGAAAGAAAGUCGAACACACACACCUUCAUUGUUUUUGUCCGUUUUUCUCGUCAGAUUGAGCGAUUCGGGUGAGCCUGUGAGAAGGGGUUCAAGACGGCCGAGGAGCGGCCGAGGAAUGACCGCCCGACACGCAGUGGACAGAUUGUGUGGUUAGACCAUGGAAUCGCCGCCUACAUUUUAUAUUUGCAUGUCUCGUGCUCUAUUCCCUGCCGUUCAUCGACCGAGAGAAGUGACGAAAGGGACGAUUGAUGGCAUUGUGUGUAUCCGAC